UAGACAAAAAACAGACAAGACGAGAGCGCACUCUGUCUUCUAAACCAUGAAUGCAAAGCUGGAAAUCCUAGCCCUGAUCCUGGGCUUCUUUGGCCUAUUCGGGACAAUCGCUAUUACUGCUCUGCCGACCUGGAAGGUCUCUGCCUUCAUUGGGGCCAACCUCAUUGUAAUGGAGGAGCUGUGGGAAGGCCUGUGGAUGACCUGCUACAGACAGAUCGACAUCAAGAUGCAGUGCAAGGUCUACGACUCGCUGCUGAUUCUCCCAGCCGAGCUGCAGGCGUCCAGGGGAUUAAUGUGCGUCUCCAUUGCCCUCGUUCUCAUCGCUUUGAUUGUCACAGCUUGUGGAUUCCAGAGGAGCAACUGUUGUGGUGACAACAUGAGGGGCAAAAAUAUCACUCUGGCCUUCGGGGGGUGUUUGUAUCUGCUAUCGUUUCUGACCACGCUCAUCCCUGUCAGCUGGGUGGCUCACUCGAUUAUCUCCCAGUUCUACAAUCCAACAUUGCUGGACUCCCAGAAGCGAGAGCUUGGACAAGCCAUCUUCAUCGGCUGGGGAACCUCUGGUGUGUUGCUGGCCACUGGGAUCAUCUUGCUCUUCAGGUACAGCAAACGGAGAUCUAAAGAAGAAGAAGAACAAGAAGACCAUUAUAACGAUGCAUAUCUUAUGGAGGAAAAGAGCGUUGUGAAAGAGGACAGUGUAUAUCGCGCCAAGGCAGGAUCGAGCUUCCACAAAGUCCAAGAAUAUGUGUAAAUAAUUGUUCUGAAUAGUUUUAUGUUAAUUGCAUCUGUGUUUAGAAAAGCUCAAUAUGCAAUAAAAGAAAUGUCACAAGCUGAUUUGGACCUGCCUGUAACAGCCUUUAGUGACUCACAGUUUUGGCUAUAAUAUUACAAGAAGUUCCAAACACAUAUUUUCUUUACCAUUCAACCAAUUUUGCACAUAAAAAGUAUUACAUUA